GGCGUGCACGAGCAGCCCUGUUUGUUUGUGUUGAGAGAUUGGAAAUGGCGGAGAGCAGAGACCAAAGCGAUAACUUGGGUUUGCAAACGCGAGUGCGCCGUCAUUGAAACGCAGAAACCACCCCGCAAGUGAUUCCGGGAGUUACUUAAGAUUUGCUGCUGCCGAUGGGAUACAAGUCGGAGCACAGUGGGUGGAAAAAGGAUAUUCGGAAAAAGGUUUGGAUUUUAGCAAGCUGUGUUAGCUGGCUAAGCUAACCGUGCUGGCAGCCUUGGCAUUUGCUAGCUUCAAGUCGCGUGUGAUUUUGUUUUUUUUCUAACUACGCAGGCUUGUUUGUCAACAUAAGCUGACGUUAAAUUGCAAACGUGCCAGCUAACAUACAACUUUUGCCUGGUUGCCAAGCCUACUCGGGUUUAAUAACAUGAUCGCCACAGCUGACCGCAAAAUUACCAAUCCAAAGUAACAGUGGAUUAAAAAAAAAAAAAAAAAAGUGAAGACAUCUGAGUUAAGCAGUGAAUUAAGCUGUUAGCUAGCUGGCUUGUUAACGUUACAGUGUAAACGGCCGUUUGCGUGGGAGUUAAUCAUCUAGCGUGAAGACCCCGUUGGCAAGUUAAACGGACGACCACACAGUCAGAGGCCAGCAGGCUUCUCCCUGCAACUGGGAUGGUGCCGUGCGACACAGCGGCCGUGGAGCCAUAACCCCACCACCACCGCUCCAUCAUCUCCACUCCAAGCGGCUCGUCCACCACUGAUCUCACCCGCGGUCUCCCCUUACCUCCCUUUAUCUUUGCUCUGAGCCCUGGACAAGGCCACCACAGCCACCACAUGACUCACUCACUCGAGCCCUAGAUCAGGUCUGAAGCUGAAAAUGAGUGCAGUAGGGGAAAACCCCCUGGACUCUGCCACACCAGAGUCACGCAAGAGGAAGAGCUCACCAUGCGACACAUCAGGGCAAAGUCUGGAGAAGCGGCGACGGGAGCUGGAGUGCCGCUACAUCGAGGAGCUGGCUGAGCUGCUGUCAUCCAACAUGGGCGACAUUGCCAGUCUCAGUGUCAAGCCCGACAAGUGCCACAUCCUCAAGAGCACUGUGGACCAAAUCCAGCAGAUGAAACGGCGUGAGCAGGAGAAAGCAGCUCUUCUGUCUCCAGAUGAUGAGGUGCAGAAGAGCGACAUCUCUUCCAGUAGCCAGGGGCUGUUGGAGAAAGAGGCGCUGGGGCCCAUGCUGCUAGAGGCCCUUGAUGGGUUUUUCUUCGUCGUCAACCGGGAGGGCCGCAUCGUCUUUGUUUCUGAGAAUGUGACGAGUUACCUUGGAUACGCCCAAGAGGAGCUGAUGACCUCCAGUGUCUACAGCAUCCUCCAUGUGGGAGACCACAACGAAUUUGUUCGCAAUCUGCUCCCGAAAAGCCUGGUAAAUGGUGUGCCGUGGCCGCAGGAAGUUGGCCGGAGGAACAGCCACGCCUUUAAUUGUCGCAUGCUGAAGAGGCCGCCGGAUGAGUUGGAUUCGGAAAAUCCAGAGGCUCGGCAGCAAUAUGAGAUCAUGCAGUGUUUCACCGUGUCCCAACCACGGACCAUGCAGGAGGAGGGAGAUGACCUGCAGAGCUGCCUGAUCUGUAUUGCCUGUCGGAUACCUCGUGCCCAGCCUUUCAGCACUGAGUCUUUCAUCACGAAGCAGGACCCCACAGGGAAGAUAAUCUCCAUAGAAACGAGUGCUUUGCGAGCAACGGGCCGGCCUGGCUGGGAGGACCUGGUCAGGAAGUGCAUCUACACUUUCUUUCAGCCGCAGGGCAAAGAACCGUCCCACGCCAAGAAGCUGCUGCAUGAGGUGAUGACCCACGGCACCGCUGUCAGCCCGCUGUACCAUUUUGCAUUAAGUGAUGGCACGCCGCUCAGCGCUCAGACCCGCUGCAAGUUCUGCUGCCCCCCCAACCCUGACGUACAGCCCUUCAUAAUGGGCAUUCACACUAUUGACAGGGAACACAACACUGCUAGCUCUCAGGAAAACACUAACCCCAGCCUUCCACCGAACCUUGGCAGCCUUGCCCAAACCGCCUCCCGCUCCCCUUCCCUUCCUCCCGGCAGCAACUGGACCCAAGGCUCAGGCCUCGCCACCGCUGGCCUUCACCCCAACAACAGCAACGCCUCCUCCCAUGGACUUAACCCAGCCACACCCACAGGCUACCUGACGCCCAAUCGGACCUGUUCCCAGCAAGUCAAUAGCCCAUCUCCUUUGAGCAGCCCACUCACAGCCGCCCCUACCUCUUUUAUGUCACCCAGGAUGCCACGGGCCAGUCCUGGGUUAGGGGGAAGCCCUCGCGUACCGGGGAACCCCUUCUCUCCUUCCACACCGGGUCUCCUUUCCCCAGCCGGGGCACCAAGCAGUGGAGGCAGCCUCAACAGGCAGCAGUCUUGUGGUGAUUGUAGUAGCGGCGCCGGUAGUGGGUCAACAGGGUCCUUCUCCCUGUCCUCUCCUGUCCGUCAGAGACAAACCAGUACACCCACCGGCUCCUCUACUCGGCCUCCAUCAGCAAAACCUCCAGAGGGAGGAGAAGAAGGGGGAGAGGACUCUGUUAAAGCCCCCCUUCCUUCUGCCUCACAGCUGGGUAACCCCAGACCCAGUCAGCUCUUGGACAGCAACGGGACAGGAGCUGAAUCUAACAACAACAACAACAGUGUUCACUGCACCUCAUCACCUCAUCCUCCAAACCCUCCUCCUGCCCCUCAGUGCCCUGCCUCGCACAGUACUCUAACAGAGCGGCAUAAGAUCCUACACCGGCUGCUCCAGGACAGUAGUCCCAACGAUGCCUCCUCCACCAUUGAGGAAGGAAUUAACAAGAACCAGGUUGAGAUUAAGAAGGAGCCGCCUACCAGUCCGGCACUGACUACAGCAGGUUCCAAGUCCAGCUCCAGAGAGCCACAGGACCAUCAACUACUCCGUUUUCUCCUGGAUACAGACGAAAAGGACUUGGGGGACCUGCCACCCCCCUCUGCUCUCAGCCUGCAGACGGUUAGGGUAAAAGUGGAGAAGAGAGCCAGCGUGGACGGAGCAGCCUGUACGGGGUCUAUCGUCAUAGCAGGAAGUGCAUCCAAACCUGCGGGAGUUUCCAGCAGCUCUGCUUGCAUCAGUCCCAAAUCAAGCCCCGUCAGAGAGAACCGCAGAGACAGCCGCAGGGACAGCCGAGACUCCACGCUGUCUGGUAGUGCUGUUGACAUGGACCCUCUCAACCAGCUGCUGCCUGGCUUAAGAGGCCCUAGUGGGGCCAAACUGGGCAGUGAUGAUUCAACAACCCCUGGAGGAGGCCCCCAACUCCAGUCUCCAGCGCCCCAACCCCAGGCCCAAGCGCCACUACAGUCCCCCCUGUCCCAGCCCCAGUUGCAGUCGCUGUCACCCCAGCUCCACUCCCCUUCCCCCCAGCUUAAACUGCAGUCACCCUCUCAGCUCCAGCCUGCAGAGGCCAGCACUCCCCGCAAUGUAAAUGUGAAGAGAGAACCUCCCGGCACUCCUAACCGAGGGCUCUGUGAUGGCGGCCCGCCCUCUGGCUGCAGCCUUCAGAAUCAGUCAUCUUUUGAUUUCUGCGGUCCCCCCACUCCAAGCCAGACACAGGCCCAGGGUCAGGGAGACCCUUUUCAGACCCCCAAAGACAACAGCCCGUUUCCAGAGGCAGAAGUUAUCAACCCGUUCAGUUCAAGCACUGGCCUAACCAAGAUGGAUGUUGGAGACUCUCAGUUCCAGCCUCUGGCUCUAUCUGACACCUUGUCCUUUGAUGGUCUUGGAGCCCCUUUACAAACUAACUUAGCAUCGCCACAAGAGCAGUGUGUGCCCUGUACGCUGGAUGAAGUACUGGGCCCUCCGACCACACCUGAAGGCAGAAACGAUGAGAAAGCUCUGUUAGAGCAGCUCGUCUCCUUCCUCAGUGGCACUGAUGAGAGUGAACUGGCUGAGCUGGAUAAGGCCCUGGGUAUUGACAAACUGGUACAGGGUGGCUGUUUUGACGCUUUGCCCCAAAGCUUCCCAAUCCAGCAAUCCACUGCCACUCCAGUUUCUAUGGACCCUAAACUCCCCACCUAUCCUUCCCAAUUUACACAGUCUCCUCAAGCUCAGUUUCCUCCAGAGCUGGCCACGAUAGGGCCACAGGGUCUGGGGUUUGGAGCCCCCCGAGGGACUUUUCCUGGUGGGACAACGGGCGUGGGGCUCAGGCCAGGCAUGAUGCGACCACAGGGGAUUGGCCCUCAGCUCAGGUUGCCACCCAACCAACUGCGUCUGCAGCUGCAGCAGAGGCUGCAGGGCCCACAGCAGCUCCAGAACAGGAUGGCAGGCAUGAAUCAGUUUCCAGGAGGUGCUCCACAUGUGAACAUAGGAAUUCGUCAGGGGGUUCAACAACCUCAGAUGUCCUCACAACAGCCUCCGCUGAAUGCCCAGAUGCUGGCCCAGCGUCAGAGGGAGCUCUAUAGCAUCCAGCACCGCCAGCGCCAGCUUUUCCAGCAGAAGGUCAUGCUGAUGAGACAGAACAUGGCAGGUGCUCCGACUGGAGCCGCGGGGUCCUUUGGAACUGCCAGGGUCCCAAAAGGUCCCCCAACAACGCCUCAACAGCAGCAGUUCAACUUCCCACCAGGGUACAACCCAAUGACGGGAAAAUCCCCUACCUCACCGAGUCACUUCAGCCCCAUGACCGGGGGCCCUCUGGACAACAAACUGUCCAGCAGAGUUCCCCUGAAUAACCAGACGUUGAUUGGCGCCGUGCAGGGCCAGUUCGGCAGCACCGUGAACUCCUCAUUACAGCAGAACCUGUUUCAGCAGUUUGGAGGGCCUGUUAUCCAGCAAGACCCACCUUUCCCUCCUGAUAUGAGCCCGACCAGCCCGUUGUUGUCACCUCAGAACUCCACCUCCCAGAGUCCUCUGCUUCAGCAAGCGCCACCUCCUGGCUACCAGUCACCAGACAUGAAGAGCUGGCAACAGACAGGCGUGGGCAGCAACAGCCUGUUCAGUCAGUCAGUACAGAGUGCAGGACAGGCCUUUGGCCAGCAGGGGGUCUACAACAACAUGAGCAUCACCGUCUCCAUGGCCGGAGGCUCGGGUGGUGUCGGCUCAUUACCUCCCAUGGGGCAGCCGGUUGGCAUGAGCAACAGUAACCUCAGCAGCGUGGGUUCAGUAUGCAGCGACCAGCAGGUGCAGCAGGUUCAGGUGUUUGCGGACGUCCAGUGCACAGUGAACCUGGUUGGCAGUGAUUCCUACCUGAACCAGGGCUCUGUCGGAGCGACGCCCUCCCAGAAGGGCCCCGGACCGCAGGGCUCCCAGAACAACCAGGCCCAGCAGAAGAGCCUCCUCCAGCAGCUGCUCACCGAGUGACAACCUCCACCCCUUCAGUUCUCCUACUCUCUCUACUUCUCACUUUUACGCCUCCUCGGUGCACCAGACCCAUUGCUGUCUCUGUCUCACCUUUUGGAUGGAUGGAUGGAAGGAUGGAUGUUUUGGACGGCCACAGUGUGUGGGCUCAGAGGUUUGGCUGUCGGUGGCAUUACGCAGCCUGACCGCUCCUGUGCAGGGGGGAGGGAGGGGGAUACUUUAAGAAAAGACUGGAGUCAGAAGGAGCAGCAGUGUAUUUAAACCUGCCUGUCUAAUCUGUCUGACAACCUGUCUGUCUGCCUCAGCCUAUUAAAGGCAGUGUUGUCUUGCUGCUCAUUCCUUGGUGACCUACUUCCUGCUUCCUGACCCAAGAAACCAACUGCGACAUCAUUGUAGAUUUGCCAAGUUGUCGUCACUGUCAAAUCAGGGCCGGCCUCCUUUUGUUUAAUUUUCUGAUGGGACGGUUUCUGUCGGGCCGUCGCAGCAGUGCAUCUUGGGAGCAUGAGUUGCAGCAUACAGCUGAGCUCAGCGUUUUAAGUGUGGGCGUAUCCCGCACAGCAGCACCUCUGGCUUUUUUAUUUUUGUUUUGUUUUAUGUUUUACUCUACCUGUCUCUCAGCGAUGUGGGAAUGUUAAGGUUUCAGACCUCUGUGGCAUUGUGGGAUAGAAGCUCAGUAUCAGCUGGUUCUGCGACUGUCUCUCUCUAUCAGCUACAGUGCCUGGUGGAAGUUUGAGUUUUUCCCAAGCUCUGCUUCUUCUUCUACAUAUUAUUCUAUAACGUCUUCGGUUUUAUUUUAUUAUUUUUGGUUGAAUUGUUUUUGUUUAGUUUAAAAUCUUCUGCUCUCACCGUCAUCAUCAUCAUCAUCACCUUCAUGGUCAUUAGAACAAGCUUUCACAACAGCCAGAAUGGAUGGAUGGAUUGAUGGAUGGAUGGGAGACAGACGGGAUGCUGCUCAGUUUGGAACUUGCGUGUCUUUCUCCCCCUGGGAGGAGGAUUUAUUUUUAUUUUUAGAGUAUAAAAAAGAAAGACUGUUAUGAUUAUUUAACUGUCUGUCCAUCACAUUUGACCCCUCACCUCAGCAGCUGUGAAUACAGAGCCCUGUUGGGUUCUUUCUCUCUCUCUCUCUCUCUCUCUGUAUCUUUCAUGCUGUCUCUCGGCCUAUCAGUGUUUUUUGCCAUGUGCACCAUGCAGGCGGGUAGUAUUGUACAGUACAGAAGGACAAAGACUUGGGGAUGAGCUCACUCUUCUCUUGUAACUGCUUUCCUUUUAAACAAAAGAAAGUGUAAUUAAUUGAUUACUCAGAACAGCAAAACUAUGUAUAAUGUGAUUCGAUCCAGGGUUGGUUUUUUUCUAAUAAUGUCCGCUCAUGGUUUUUGAGAUUAUGUUAUUAUUAUUUUUUUUUUUGGCAUCAUGAUAUUCAUGUUAUUGUAACACCGCUACAUGUUGCAGUGGAGGAAGAAGUUAUUCCAUCUUCUGAAAUGUGAAAAGAAAUUUUAAGCAAUUGAUUUUUUUAAAAUAUAGCUACGUCUCGCUCCCUUCGGCGUCCCAUUUAACGCUACAAGAAGCCACACUUUCUGCAAAAAAAAGGGGGAGUUUGAUUGCUUUGCUUUCUCUUGUGGUAACCAGGGAGCUAGUUAGCUAUUUUUUCUUGCUUACCUCCUCUUUUUUUAUUCUUAUGUAUGUACAAUACUUUCAAGAAAACCUUUCAGACAGUACAUGUGUUUGUAACCAUUGUAUAAGAAAGCGUAAUAAUACCUUAAACUGUGUUCUUUGCUGUGAUUACAUGACCUCUGGUGAUGCUAACGGUACUUGAGCCUCAUCAACAUUGUGCCUGUAGUCACAGCAAACGGCGUGCUUUUGGAUAUUGUUCCUAUAUAAUGAUAUUUAAGUAGAGGCUAUAGUAAUAGAAGUUCCUAACAAAGAUGUGAUGGAUAAUUAAUUUAAAGCUGUCAUGAAAUUGAAUCAAAACAAGAUGGGUUGAGUCACAGAAGAUAGGUUAUUUUCUAUUUUCUCCUCACCUCCUUCAAACCUGUUUCAUCAGUGUUGUUCCCCUCUGGGACUUUCUUUAUUUUUGGGGAGGAUUCAACCCUUUCUCUCUCCACCUCUGGUUCCCUGAUGAAGACUUCACUCCACUGGCUACACACACAUACAGUUUUCUGUUGACUACUGUUGCUCAGUCAGACACUGUCUCUCUCAGCGAUAACAGACCUCUGUUAGCAAAAAAGAAAAAAGUCUGCAAACAGAAGAUGAUGUGCUUCUCAUAGUUCACACCUUACCGGGAAUUUAGAAAAAGGAAAACUCUGCCGAGACGUUGCCUCUAAAUAUUCUUUACAUGACUAAAUAAUGUGAAGAUACACAAAUGGUCUUGAUAUCAGGCAUAUUAACAGAAUCAGAAUUUGCUUAGGGCGUAGUGUGGCACACUAAUACCCAAGGGUUUCUAGUGUAGGAUGCUGUAAGGCCUGACAUGUUUUUUAUCAGUCCUUUAAGCUCGUUUUGCACAGGAAUAAUUUAAUUAGGGAACACCCUGUGAUUUGUAACGACCACAAAGGUCUUCAGUGAUUUUAAAUCUGCCACGUCUGUACUCCAGCACAAAAUCACACGUUCCCUGACUGAACUUAUCCUGUGUGAAUCCUCGUUCUUGGUUUGUUGUUUUUCUGUUUUUUAAUCUUCCUUCUGUCAUGGGAAUUCGGAGACAGUUGUGGAAUCUGUGGAGAGGUUUUUUUGCAUACAGCGCAUACAUCACGUUCAAAUGUUAGGAAGUAUCAUCACCUCCUGUAAAUGAGUCACUCACAUUAGGUCAACAACGUACAGUCGGGUGCUGCUUCAGUGGAGUACGACUUUCCUGUGUACUGUUUUUUAUAAUUUUUUUUUUUAACAGAGAUGCCUCACUAUAUGCAACAUUACCCAUAUAUAGAGGGAUAGUAUACAAGGUCAACAUUCCACCCACCAACGGUGUUGUAUGAUGUGAGAACCACUUUGUGCUCAGCUGAAAUGCUUUAAGUGCAUAUUUGGACGUGUUAAAGUGCAAAUCAGUGCACUGUGUAUCCAAACAGAGGCCCAGGAACAGUUACCAAGUGAUAAAUGCAGGAAAAAACCCUGCUGCCUGGACAUAAAACAGAUAUUUUAAACAAUUAAUUAUUUAAAAAGACUUUAUGAGAUGGGUUUUAUUUUAUUUUAUUAUUUUUCUGUCUGUCUGUAUAUUUAUUAGAAAGGCAUAUGGGUAAAUCAUCAGUAGAUAUUUUUAACAACUUUUUAUUACCUCAUUACUGUUUUAUCAGACAGUUCUGUCUGAUAAUCUGUCCUCUUGACCAUGUUUUCACACUGUGAGCCGCUUGUGCGAUUGGUCGACUGCAGCGCUAAACACCUUCUGCAUCAUGUAUAUUCUUCUUUACGUGCAUCACAUUAGCUUUUACCAGGAACUAUUUACAUUACAUACAUUUGGUUCAUCGGUUAAGUGUUUAGUAUGUAAAAUCCCAGUUUCCCAGAGCCCAAGGUGACAUCUUCACUGUCUUUGUUUUGUUCAACCAGCAGUGCAAAACGUGUGAAAUGCAGUGGUGUCUCAGACUAAAACUUCUCCUCUACCUCCAAACUGAGAGUUUCCAUUACUGCGCUUCUCUGUAGAACUUAAGAACAGAAUAAGAGUUAAACCUCCUCCAACCCAAAUUGUCGGUUUUAUAGACAGUUUCCAUUCCACUUAAAGUGAUGAUUUGCGGUGGAGCUAUUUUAACCCUUGUUAGCUCCCUUUGAGGAGAGGCACUCCCAAAUUCAACAGAAUUUGAUUGAGACUCUGAUUCCAGUAUUGUUCAAAAUAAAAUCUGUAGUAAAUGUGAUGCCUUUAACUGCAGGCAAAACUGUUGGUAGAUAGAGAGAGCCCAUCAAUCGGAACGAGGAAGCUCAGAGAUCUUAAUUUGCAGUUGGUAACGUGUUUCUUCAGUAAACAUACGUCAUCCAUGUUGCAGCAGUUGUCAUGUUUUCUAGAGCAUUUGUCUCAUUUCUCACAGUGUGAAAAACACCCGUCAGACACUCCUGUGCCGCUGUUUGGUCAAUGUCAAAAUUUUUCAGAGACAGAAGCUGCACAAAGUGGAAGAAUGUAUUUUUGGAAGGAUUCUGCCAGUGUCAGCCUCAUAUUGUUUAUCUGCUCUGAUGAUUUCACACAUACAGUAUUGAUCCCCUCCCCACUCCUUACACUUUUCUGCGUGGAAUAGGCAUUCCUAUGGAAAUGGUUUCCUCUGUUACUCUGUUAGCUGCAGAAACGCAACAGCAACUGUCAGCUUAUCCUGCGUAAAAACAAACGAACAUGCCAAAUACAACCAAUACAUAUGUAAUCUUUUUUUUAUGCAACAGCCAUUCAAUGGAAACGACAGUCCCUCCUUCCUCACUACAUUUAACAGGUACAAGGUUAGGUUCUUUAACAUUGGUUUCAAGCUGUUAACAUAAUGUAUAUAACAGAGAAAUGUGAAUAUGUAUUUGUUCAGAAUCUACAAAAAAAGUAGUGCUCCGAGUUUGUGGUAAAAAAAAGAAAAAAAAAAAAAAAACUACUCGCCUCCGUCAUGUUUUGAUUUUAUGUUUUGAUUUUCUACUUUUUUAUUUUUCAAAUGAUGUAUGUAUGUAUAUGACUAUCAGUGAGUGCGUGUGUGUGUGUGUGUGUGUCUGUGUGUGUGUAAGUGAUUAAUACUGUAUAUCUGGUGUUCUCUAAGAUGGAAAAGUCGAAGAUGUCCUGGUUUGAUUCUUUUCUUCUUUUUACUCUUUAGACCCUGCACAGUACCUGUGGGUGUUUCAGAUAACUAUGCCAGAGAAUGGUUUUAGCGACUGCUGAAUGUGAUUUUACUGAGAGAGAAGCAGUGUGGACUGGCUCUUUGUACGGGUUAAUUUAAAAAAAAAAGGCCAUAUUAUUUAAUUUUCUCUGUUGUCAAAAGUUUAAGCAGAUCUGGGAGAGUGGAGCCUUGGUUUUAUGGAGAAGCAUUGCCUGGUUGUUGUGUAUAUUAGUAGGCUUCUUUUUUCAGUUUUCUAACUGUCUGACUGAUGUAGGCUUUUUUGCAUUUAUCAAUAGUAAAUGACCAAAGCUUCAAGAUGUUUGAUGUAUAUCAUAUGCAAACCUCAUCAUCACUGGACAAAACAUAAUGUAGCGGCCCUUUUGUUCGUUUUGGAUUUCUCUCUUUCUUCGCAGUGACAUUCUGCUGCUGUUUGACGUUGUUUUGCAUGUUCAUCUUUUCCUCGUUACUUUCUAGACACGUGUCCUUUAAAGUGGCCUAUCGGCAACAUUCUGCGUGAUGUCCCCAAACGUUAGGUCAGUUUAGAGGCGUCUCCACUUGCCACCGAUGAGGUAUUUUGUGCCUGUAGUGCUAUCACUCGUUUACAGGAAGAAAGAAAACAUUGCAACUGAUAGCUAUGCACCUUACUGAAACAAGCGUUUCCUCACUUCGGUAUGUAGAAUUAACACUGGAGCAUCACUAAAUCAUUAAUUUCAUAGUUAAGGUAUUUAUAAUUGCUUUACACAGAUAACAAACAGACCCAAAAUCCCUCUUAGUGAAUUUAGUUGAAAUCUGAUGACCUUUCACAGCUUUUAAUCUCAUUCUUGGGGGAGAAAAAAAAAGUUAAUUUGCUUUCCCCCCCCCCAUUAACUGAAUACUUUAUACCAAACUUGAGGUGCCUCUUGUAUAUAUUUUCUGAGUAAAGAGUAAAGAUUGCUCCUUUGCUGUUUAACAAUAAUAACCUUGUUAUCCAGGGUUUUUUUAAACAUUUUUUCACCUUUAUAAAAAAAGUUUACUGUAUUUUAAAUGACUUUUUUACACACAGAAGAUUAAUCAAAUUAUUCCAGGAAUUUGCAAAUACAAUCUAAUUUUGCACUUUAUAUCGGAUUUACUUGGGAGUGAAAAGGCCAUCGGAAACAAUCAGAUUAGUAUUUGGAGAUAGAGUAAGUAAUGUCCCCUGAAUGUACAAAGAAAAUGUUAGUUUUACUAGUUUAAUUUGAAAUCAAUGAAUUGCUCGGGUUCUUUAUGAAGAACUUGACCUAGUGGAUAUCUAUUAUCCAAAUGAUGACUAAAAAUUGUACACUUUACCUUCUUUGUAAUGUAGUUCUGUCUCUUUCUGUCUUUCUCUGUUUACACCAACCGAUCCUCAGUAUAAAUACUAUGCCAGUCUUCUUCAGGUGAUGUCCCCUCCCCUCCUCUCCUCUCUGCGCUGUCAGCUGACACCAGGCAUACUGUAAAAAAAAUAAAAAAUAAAGGUUAACUUCUCCAGCUUGAACUCAGAACAUUCCUGCUCACAACACAGUUUCAGCAACCGUCGACACUUAGCUCUGUAGCUGCCGCCGCUGCUCAGUGUUCACUUCCCUCUGCCGCAGGAUUUUGUUUUUGUUUUUCCUUAAACCAAGGUGGACACUCGCUUAUUAGCAAAAGUCUGGUUGUGUGAGACUUCACCUCUGCUAUCUAGCAACAAUUGUGCACUGACAUAAAUGACAACACACUAACUUUGUUGCCUCUCUUCUCUGGUUUGCUUGUCUUGUCACACUUUUGUGCUGCCAGAUGUAGAAUAAUGUUGUGGUGUGCUGAUACCAGGAUUGGGCCAAUGCCUGGUGCAGGGUCGGGCUAAUGUCUGAUGUAGGUAGUCAUGUUCGGUGUCAGGGAAAUUCACUGCAAAAAGAACCAAAAACCAUUUGACGCAUCAAAUAUUGAGGAUACAGUUUGAUCAGCUUCGGUUGCUUUUAUCUUAAGUCAAAAAUAUAAAGCAUUCUCGCUUGUCAUUGGUCCAAAAUAGUUUGGUAUUUGUGCACCAAUAAGACUCUACAUAGUCCUUUAACUCCCAGUCAUUCCUAACGCAGGUGUUCAAAACUAAUCUCUUCUCUUAUGUGAAAGUUACUACAGCAUGAGUUGUCAAGUAUUGUAAGUGCUGCCGUAUUGGGACUGAGGUUGGCGGUUGAGAGACUUUAAAAGAAGGCUUAUUAUUAACUCACCACUUUUGUUUUUAGGGGGCGGUAAUGCUGUCUUUGGAGAAUCUGAGAAAAAAUGACCAAGGUUCCACUUUCUCCCAUGUACAAAUUAAUAUAAAUAAAUAUAUAAAUAUAUAUUAUCCAUUUUACUCAUUUUUGUCCAGUUUUAUAUAUUACACUCAUGUAAAGUUUGUUUUUAAAGAGGCAUCGGAGCAGCUAUUACAAGACAAUAUGAGUGACAAUGUUCAUCUGGGAGAAUUUUAUGCAUGUUAUAUUUUCUUUCUCUAUCUCUCUCUCUAUCUCUCUGUGUCUUUUAAUACUCCCCCUCUCCCUCCCCCGUUCAGGUGUGUAACGUGAAUAUAAAGAAAUCUACCUUUUCUUUGGAAUGUUGUAGACAAUCAGUCUCAGGCCGGGUCCAGUCCCUGCAGGGAGUGAGAGCCCUGCAGGCUGACAGACAAACAAAACUCAUUUUGUUUGACAACUUAAAAACUCUCUUUUAUUUGCAUCUACUGGAAGUCUAAAUUUGGAGGUUUGACAUGUUUAUUCAUGUGUUCAUGGCUGCUCAAGUUUACACACACUUCUCUACUACACUCAAAACACAAACACCUCGUGCAUUUGAUCCCUCUGCUUUUUUUGUUUUGUUUUUUCCAAGGUGAGGAUGCCAACCUUGAGGAAAUGAUGCUUUGACUAACAAAUCUAUAACAUCUAUGAAUGUGGGAAUGCAACACAUUGCAAUAAAAGCACCAUUUGAAAUGCA